AAGGGAAGUGUUCUAGCUCCAAUCGCCAUGGCUCCAAUGGGGACCCGGCUUUUGUCUGAGCUCCAGCCUCGGAUCGACGAAUCCGCGUUGCACAACUCGCACCAGCUGUCUCCGCAAUCUGCUGCUCUAGUGCAACUCUUAUCACCCUGAUGGCGCUGCCUCCUCGCCAUCUGGGGCCGUCUCGGGGCAUUGAGUUAUCUAUCGCUCACCCAGCUCGUUCCUAUCUCUUCUGUUUUCCCUGUCAUCGGACCUGACUUAAGGGUCUUAUCUCGGUUUGAAAUCUCCAAGGAAACUAUCCGAUCGCCCUUCCCUCCCUCUCCCCUUCCCAACUCCCAGUUGACGGUCUGGUCCCUCUCUCUCUUGCCUCAGAUUACCGCCUCCUGCCUCUCCCUCACACUCUCUACUACCGCUUGCUCCCUGGCGCGGUUCAUGUCAUCAUUGUUUCCUAUUUGGGUAUGGAGGAAAUCAACAUCCCUUCGCCGUCUGCCAUCCUAGGCACCCACCGUCCCUCCACAUCGGCUGGUGGGCUUUCCAGGUCGUCUGUUUCUCCCCAGAAGCCGACUGUAGGUCAGCCUGGUACAGCCAGAGACCAGAGCAAGCCUAAGCAGUCCAAGAGCCGUAACGGUACGGUAUCAUUACUUCUUUACUAGCCUUAGGAGCACGGGGGUGAAAGAGGGAAAGAUGCCAGGAAUGGAAGAGGCAUGGGCAGAGAGACAAGAGCACGAACGCUCUAUAAUGCGCAGCGCGCUGACGUUCUCAUGGUUUUCAUUAUCCAGGCUGCAUUACUUGCAAGGCAAAGCGACUAAAGUGUGACGAGUCCAAACCAACUUGUCUCCAAUGUAAGAAGCGGAAUGUGGACUGUGGAG